UUAGUGAAGUUGAGAUUUACUUUCAGUUUGAGGCAAAGGAAGAUAAUUUUAGAAAUUUUAUAUUGAGAAGCCUGAUUUACUUUUUGUAUUUUAAAUGCCAUAAACAAAUUAAAAUGUGUAACUUAACCAAGGGGCUGAAAACUUUUGCAACCCACUGUACGUAGACGCCGCAUGGACUGCCGCUGCCUGUUGGAGCUGACGUAUCAGUGUGGCUGCCAUCUUAGAUGGCUCCCUAUUGCUUUUAUUUGUACUGCGGAAGGUGUAUCCCCAAAUACAGUAAUCCGUAACUCCCCUGAUUUUUACCUGAUUUUCGCACGGUUUGGUUUAUUAAUAACAGCAGAGAUUCAGUAAAAGUACAGGAUGCGGUCACAUUAAAAAUGCGUUCUUUCAUGCUGAAAGACUUUGUCUUAUGCUCUUUAACAAAGACAUAUGGUAUGGCAUAUAGAUAAAUGAAUUAAUUUUAUAAUUUAGUAAAUAAACAAGUUUGGAUUGUUCAUUUGAAUUUGCUCACCAGGUUUUGCUACAAAGAUGAACUUUAUUUUUCAAGGCCAGGAAAAGAAACAAUAUAAUUCCAGGUCAUUCCAGGGUCUUAAACUACCUUCUUUGGCUUGCAACUGGGGCUGGAGAACUAAAACCUUUGAAAAAAAGAUUUGUUUUGCACAGCUUCUUGUGUGUUCUGGCAUUCUGUAACACCAGUGUAGUUAAUUUUGAGAUGUGUUAUUUCACAGCCUUACUUUGUGAAAUACAGACACCACAACACACACACAUUGCCUCAAUUCGGAUGAUGGACUGUCUUAGUGUACAUAAACAAUCAAAUGUAAUGUGUGCCAUUAUUACAGUCAACAAGUAAUAAUUGUGGAUUAAUUGCUGUAUUUUUGUCUGAGGUGAUUGGGUGUGAAGAUAAUUUCAUUGUACUUCUAUCAAUUUAUCUACAAAUGACAGAAGCAUGAAAUGAUGGUUCUCAAUUCCAAAUUGGGUUUCUGUAAUGUGCUCCCCAAGUAAGAACACAUCCUCUGAAGGACACACUGACACCUUGUUCUCUGUGUGUUUUGGUGAAUCGCGUUCUGCUGCUCUGACCACCUUCACUGGUCCCUCUGAGGGGAUCAUCAGCCCAGAUGGAAACAGCUAAUGAGAGAGAGAACCAGUUCCUGCUGUAUUAACAUUACAGAUGUCGGCGUGAACCUGACGGACCCGGUAUUCAGAGGAGUCCACAGAGGGAAGCAGAAGCAUGACGAUGAUUUUGAUCAGAUCAUCGACAGAGCCAUCACAGUUGGCGUGGAAAAGUUCAUGAUCACGGGAGGAAGUUUGGAGGACAGCAGGGCGGCUGUCGCACUGGCUCAGACCAGAGAUGAGUUCUUCUGCACUGUUGGCUGCCAUCCAACCCGCUGUGGUGAGUUCGAGGAACAUGGGGCAUCCCAGUACUUUUCCGGACUGAGGGAGCUGGUGACAGCGAACAGAGGAAAGGUGGUGGCCAUUGGAGAGUGUGGUUUAGAUUUUGACAGGUUGGAAUUUUGUCCAAAAGAAACUCAGCUCAAAUUCUUUGAGCAGCAGUUUGAUCUCGCAGAGGAGUUCAGGUUGCCGAUGUUCUUCCACUGCAGGAACUCCCAUCAGGAUUUUAUCGACAUUGUGAAGAGAAAUCGAGACCGAUGUGUCGGAGCAGUGGUCCACUCGUUUGACGGGAAUCCAGAAGACGCUGUAGCACUCGUUGACCUCGACCUCUACAUCGGAAUUAACGGAUGUUCCUUAAAAACGUCAGCAAACAUCGACGCAAUGAAGUCUAUUCCUGCUGAGAGACUCAUGAUAGAAACAGACGCUCCGUGGUGUGGCGUGAAGAACACUCACGCAGGCUCCAAAUAUGUUAAGACAACAUUUCCCACAAAGAAAAAAUGGGAGGCAGGACACUGUCUGAAGGACAGGAACGAGCCCUGUCACAUCAUACAAGUUCUGGAGGUGUUGGCGGCAGCGAGGGAGGAGGACCCGGCGGAACUGGCCAACACCAUCUACAACAACACCAUCAAAGUCUUCUUCACCUCCACUUGAUAUAGUCGGGCAGAUCGGUGGAACAAUUGUGGGUUCAUACAUAAAAGCAUGACAGUUGGCACAUGCCUCCAUGUA